UAAGAUGGCUUCCUAGCAGCUUCUUACUCUGAUCCAUCAAUGAUUUCGAACUAUAUAUAUACAGAGAUAUAGAUAUCUAGAUAGAUAGAUAGAGAAGAAGAUCCCAGAGAACAAGUUGAUUUAUAGCUAGAGAUCAGAGAUUCACGAUGGAGCAGCUCGAAGGAGCCACGUUCGACCUGAGAUCUCUGCUCGGCAGUGAGGACCGAGACUUCCUCAUCCGCAACAAUGGCGACCAGGUCAAGAUCAGCAGUCUCCAUGGCAAAGUCGUAGGGCUUCUGUUCUCGUCUUCCGGGGCUCCCAUGCUGUGCGAGUGGUUCAUCCCGUUGCUGGCGCAGGUUUACAAAGAGCUUUCCGUCUGGAACGCCGACUUCGAGAUCGUUUUGUUCCCUUGCGAAAUGGGCGAAGAGUACUUCACCGCCUACUUCUCUGAUAUGCCGAUGCCAUGGCUUGCGGUUCCUUUCUCGGGGGCGGACUUGGGCGAGCCCUUCGGCGGCUUGAGCUUGCCGUCGCUGGUGGUGCUGGAUGCGAAUGGGAAAGUGGCGACGACGAAGGGCGUGGAUUUGGCGAACAGGUACAGGGGAGCCGCGUAUCCUUUCACGGAGGAGAGGGUUCGGGAGCUGGAGGCGGAGGAGGAGGCGAUGCUGCAGAAUCCGACGCUCGAAAACAUGCUCAUUUCAGGCCCCAUGGAUUUUGUGCUCUCCGGUGAUGGGAAGAAGGUUCAUGUUUCUGAACUUCAAGGAAAGACUGUGGCCAUCUACUUCACUAUGUUAGCUUCCGUUUCAAAUGAUCCUGUCGCGCAACAACUUCUCGACAUGCACAUGAAACUAAAAGAAAUCGGAGAGGAAUUCGAAGUUGUGGUGGUUUCGACAGACACAGACACGGAGUGGCAACCUUUCGAUCAAGGUCUCGCAGGCACGGCAUGGCUUGCAGUGCCCUAUCAAUUCAGCACCAGCGCAAAACUAAUAAUCAACUUCUGUGAUGACACACUUGUUAUAAUCGGACCUGACGGGAAGCUCCUUUGCCGCGGUGUUUCUGAUGUCGUCGAAUAUCACGGGAUCGAUGCCUAUCCGUUCUCGCCCGAGAAGUUAGAAGAACUUGCCCAACUUGACAAGGCAAAAAUUGAAUCUCAAACUCUGGAAUCACUACUCGUCUCAGGGGAGCUCGAUUAUGUCCUCGGAAAGGAUGGUCUUAAGGUUCCUGUUACUGAACUUGUUGGCAUGAACGUACUUUUCUACUUCUCCAAGAAGGAUGGGGCUUUCGCUGAAUUGCUGCCCGUUUUGAUCAAAGCCUAUCGCAACAUCAAGGAGAGGGGCAAUUCCUUUGAGAUCAUUUUUGUCUCCGAAGACACGGAUGAGGAGUCUUUCGAGGACCGGUACGGUCAAAUGCCAUGGCUCGCGCUCCCCUUUGGUGAUGCGAGGAAGAAGACUUUGACAAUGGCAUUCAAUAAGCCAAGUGAUUCAGAUCUUGUCGUCGUUGGUCCGAAUGGGGAGACUGUCGCGACGCGCGCGAGUGGCCUGGUCUGCAGUUAUGGCGCAGCGGCCUUUCCUUUCACCAAACAGAGGGAAGAGGUCGAGUUGGAGGAGGUGGCCAAUGGUUGGCCUGAGAGGAUCAACUUCUACUAUUAUGGAGAUUAUGAACUCGUAAAGGUCUACGACGACAAUUUCUAUUUUUGUGACAAAUGCCUCUUGGAUGGAGCUGGUUGGCAAUACUGGAAUGAAGAUCAUUUCAGAGUGCACCCGCGGUGCGCGUUGCCUGAGAAUGAAGAGAUGAAUGGCACGUAUGAAGAAGAUGCCGGCGGAGAAGGAGAGGAACAAGUUGAGUGACACACAUCGGUGGUUGAGCUGGGGCAGUCCUUUUAUGGAACAAGUUUUCUAUUGUUUUCUCUGUCAAUUGGUUGUUGUAAGGAAGCUAUUUGGCAAUCAUCUCUAGUUGCCUCUUGAGCUUUCAUUUGGUUAAAUAUGUCUCAUAUGUUAAUCAAUCGUUUGAAUUUCCAA